AUGGUGUCCCUCAGAAGCAUUGUCGUAGCCAUUGCCGGCAUUACGGCUGCGGUGGCGGCGCCUACGACGGACCUCGCCAUCCGCGCCCGGGGUGAGCUUGCGAAGCGGCUGACCGUCACGACAAGUUCCACUGGUACUACAGGUGGAUACUACUACUCGUGCUAUAUUGAGGAGAACACCGGGGCGACCAUGACAAUCGGCACUGGGACUUACUCUUUGAGUUGGGAGUCCUCAUCUGUGGACGUUGUGGCUGGAGUCGGCUGGGCCACAGGCGCAGCACGAACAAUCACGUACUCCGGCUCCAUUGACGCCACUGGUGACUCUCUGCUUGCGCUGUAUGGGUGGACCACCUCGCCGCUCGUCGAAUACUAUGUCAUUGAGACAUAUGGUACCUACAAUCCCGGGUCUGGCGGCACCCUCAAGGGCACAGUGACAUCUGAUGGUGCGACCUACGACAUUUACGAGGUCGUUCGUAGCAAUGCCCCAUCGAUCGAGGGAACCCAGACCUUCAACCAGUAUCUCUCGAUCCGCACGAGCGAGCGCACCAGCGGAACAAUCACAUUCCAGAACCACAUCACUGCCUGGGCGGAGCUUGGCCUGGACCUGGGUGCAUAUAACUAUCAGAUCAUGGCUACUGAGGGAUAUGAGAGCGGCGGAUCUUCUUCCAUGACCAUC